UACUAGGUUGAAGAAUCAGAUGAAGCAAGAAAGAGGUUCUCAAACGCAAAGUCCAUUUCUUCUGCUCAGUUUUUUGGAGAUGAGAUGAAAUCUGCUGGUCGUGAUGAAUCAGAAACUACCCUUGAGGGGAAGAAUGAUUUCUGGUCGUUAGUGAACAAAGCAGCAUGCGAAGUGAAGGAGAAGCUCUUGUCGAAAUCGAAUCAUCAUCAAGAUAAAGUGAAUGACCUCCGUAGGGAAGUGACAAUCUUGAUGGAGAUACUUCAUGCCCAAGAUGCUGAUGCCAUCCCUCUUGUAACCCGGCAGAAUUGGGCUCACUUACUGUGUACAGAAGCCGGUAUGCUUGGUCGUCAACACACAGAUUGCCCCAUACUUAGAAGUGCUCAAAACGAUGCGGGUAACUUACUGCGGGAGUUAAUUGGGUCGAAAGGGUCAAUUAUGAUAUAAACAACAUGUAAAGUUGUCUCAAGUCGAAUUUGUAACUCUUGUUUAGAUCUCCAAACAUGUUAAGUUGUCGAACUUUUGUAUCCGAAGUUUGGUCGACGACCAGAAAAUCACCUUCAACAGAACAGUCUAUAUUUAAUAAAACGUCAAUGUAUAAAUAACAAUCUCAUGUAUUGAGUGA